AGCGCGGCUCCGUGUGCCCCCGCAAUGCCCGUACAUGCCGCUGUGGACCCGCGCCGGGUGGGGGGGUCCGGCGUGGGGUCUCUGUCUGACACCCCCUAUCCGGGCACGGUUGUGACCUUCGCCUCUCGGGGGGCAGCAGCUCCAGGAAGCGGGGACCCUCCCGCUCUGCUCCCCACAAAGGUCAUGGCCGCGGGACCGGGCCGAGCACCCCCCCCCGGGGGUCCCAGACCCCGUGCAGCCGCCAGUGUGCAGUGGAUCCUGGAGGUGGGGCUAGACGCAGGGUCCCUUCCAGGUAGGGGGUGGGGGGGAUGCGGUGAAGGCAGGCGUGGGAAGGGUGCCCCGGGCCCCGCUUGGAUGCGGCUGGGCUGGAACAGGGAGGGCCGGGACCCGCCUGAGGUGGCAUCACUCCGAGGUGGCCCCGGCACUGUGGACCCUCGGCGUGGCACCCCCGGGCAGGGUAGAGCGGCCAUGGAGACACUGCAGGGACUGUCACUCCCUUGUGUCCCCUUCCUGGGCAGGACAGGCACCCUCACACAGGCUCAGUGCUGGUUGCCAUGUCCCACCGUUGGUGCUGACCCCAGCACCUUGUGGCGUGGUGGUGGCUGCAUCCCCUGGGGAGGGAACCCAGGACCCCCCCGUUCCGUCCUGGUGCACGUGAACUGGGGCCCCCGAUUUAGAAACGUCCCCAUCCCCGUGCCAAGCUCCAAGCGCUGAGAAUAGCUCCUGGGCAUCCCAGCGCAGCCUGCGCAGGGACGGGGGCACCCCGUGGGGCUCGGGACGCACAGCCACCCCAGCAAGCUGAGAUCGGGGACACUCGGCGCACACCAGGUGCCCCAGGGUCCCCAUCGGGCAGCAUUUGUUGCACAGGGAUCUGGCUGCGUCCUGGCACAAGGGGCAUGGUGCUGUGGGAAGUGGCACCGUGGCUUUGCCUUUGCGAGCAGACAGUGGCCCCGGUGGGACGGGGAAACUGAAGCAUGGCUGAAAGUGGCUGAGAUGGGGGAAUGCUGCUGACUUGUCCCAGCCACACGGUCGGGCAUCACGGCAAGAAGCAGCUGGCACAGCAGCAGUUGGACUUCACGGCACCAGGAGUCCUUGGGGUCCAUGGUGGGUGUCGGGGUUGUGGUGCAGGUCCCCGCAGCAGAGAUGCAGGAGCUGUCAGAGGCACAAGGCCGUGGCUGUGGGGACGGUGACCUGCCCUGGCGCUGACCAGGCACCCGCUUGAGUGGUGGCUUCAUGGAGCUGCAGCAUGGUCACAGCCCCAGGCUCAUGGCAUCCAUCUGUGGGGAGGGGGCACUACGCAGGUCCCCUAUGGCACAGGGUGGGCUGCCCUGAUGUCAAGCCUGUGGCAUCCCCCCACACUCUGGCUGCCCAGCUGCUGCGGAUGCCUGGGAUUCCUGCCGCUUCCCAGCACGCCACACACUGCCAUGCAUGCCACACAGCACCGGGCGCUGCAUGGCACUGGGCACGGCACGCCAUGCGCCGGCAGAGGUGCAGGGUGAGUGCAGGGCAGUGGUCAAGGACACGCGUGUGGCAGCCAUGCACGUGCCAGCUGUGCCACCGCGGUGCCUGGCUGCACUCCCGUGACACGGUCAGCGGCAUUGGUCCGGCUGGGGCACAGCAGUGCUGCCCCGGUGCCCGUGUGCCGGUGCAGGCAGCAUGUGCCGGUGCGGGCAGCACUGCCCUGCCCCCAGCCCAUGCUAAUCACACUAAUUGCCACCCUGGCUAAAGCGCUUAGGCCCUCACCUCCCUGACCCGGCUGGCAGCUGGUGGUGGUGGGGGAGACACCCAGGACCCCCGGAGCCCAUCUGUCCCGGGGGGCAGGGAUAUGGAUGGUGUCCCCAUGGGGCAUCCCUGGUACCCAGCACCCAUGUCCAGUGGCAUGGAGGCAGCCGAUGCCGUUGUGGACAGGUGUCCCUGGGGCUGUGGUCCCUGUUGCAGGGGAUCCCCGGCGGUGUCAUCCCUAGGGAAGCGGGGUGCUGGGUGCCCCCCGCGGGGUAAGGUGGCUCCCGCCACCAGCCCAUCCCUGGACUUUGCCCCCAGGUUGUUUUCCAUCGCCUGCAACCACCAGACUCAGCAGAAACGCUCCCCUGGGCGUGGGGCUGGAGGGGGGGAAAAGUUGGGGGCGGCCCUGUUGGCUGCCUCCCUGCUCCCACCCAGCCCCACACCGGGUCCUCCAGGGUGGGAUGUGCGGGUUGGGGUGUCACUCAGCAAUAGGGAGCAGUGGGGGGGAGGGGCUGAGACCCGAUUGCACUCAUCACACGUGUCCCGCAGGAGGAGGAGGAGGAGAGCCGCCUCCCUUGUCUGUCUGUCUAUCUGGGCCGCCCCAACGCGCCCGGGAUUCCUCGAGUGAGGGUUCCUGGAGCGGCACCGCAGGCUCAGCCGGGUGCUGGGUGCCGAUGAUCCCGGGGUGGGAGGGGUGUCCAUAGUGGGGGCUGGCAGGGACACCAGCGAGCCCUGACUUAGCGCUGCUGAGCCCUGGCUUUAACCUUAAGCCCCUCUAAUUCAGCACCACUCACCACCCCAGCAGGGAAACUGAGGCAGCGACGGCCGAGCCCCCCCUGGUGCCGCAUUCAGGAGUGCCCUGUGCCAUGGCCUGUGCCAGCUUCAUGGUGACGGUGACGCCCCCUUGGCCCCACACAUGCACCGAGUGUGUCAGGGCUCUGCUGGCGCGCGGGGUCCCGUGGGAAGGGGGGGCCAGUGCCCGGCGGGGGCCGCACAGCCCUGGAGCACUGCCAGUGCCUAUACUUGGAAGUCUCCGCGCGCCGUUCCCAUAUGGAACAAACAUUUGCUGCAGCCCCCGGCCGCGCCGCCCCGGCUCUAUAGGUACAGCCCCAAAGCAUGGCCUGGAGCUGCAGUGAGGGCCCUCCCUGACCCCCCCACAAGGUGGAGAGUGGGUGCUGGGGUGCCCCGCGGUGCCUCAGUUUCCCCACAGAGGGAGGGGCAGGCAGUGCCCCCCCCCCAGAGGGAUCUGUGGGGACCCCUUGAGCGUUGCCAUGCGUAGGGUGCCAUUGAGCACCCAUGGGUGCAGCAUCCCUCACCCGCAUCCCAGUCCUAUCCGGGUAUCCCUGGCUGGAGGGGGUGCGGGGGGGCUGGGCUGGGAUACCCCAUGGUGUGGGGGUACCGGGGGGGCUCUGGGCGCAGCCGAGCCCCGGCCACUGCAGUUUUAAAUCCGCCGGAGGAAUUUCUGCUGUGGCCAAGACAAACGUGACCUACUUUCUGCCUGUCCCCGCACGGAGCGGAGGAGCCCGAGGGCCGGGCACGGCGCCCGGCACAGCCCCGCGGCCCCCCCCCCCCCGGCACGGGCUGGGGGCCCCGCACCCCCCCGCACCCCCGUGCUUGUAAAUGGGGGCCCUCCCCCAUCCCAAUGGACUGCUGUGGGUGUACAGUGUGAGUGCCGGGCACCCAUAGGGAUGUGGAGCAUAGGGAAGUGGUGGGUGACCCCAGUGCUGCUGCACCCCAGCCCCACCGUGCUGUGUCUUUGCUACAGGAGAGCUCGCAGAGGAGGGAACCCCCGGCCCCCCCGGAGCCCCCUGCCCCGGUCGGGCCCGGGAUGCUGCACGGAGCUGAGCACUAAGGUGGGUGCCAUGGGGAGCGCGUCGUAGCCGCCCCGCCGUGGCCCCCCCUGUGCGUGGCACCGGUGGCGGAGCCCACUCGGUCAGUGCUGAGCGCUCCUUAAUGGAAUUGCGGUGAAUGGAACAGAAGCCCAGCACCCUGGACCCGCUGUCGGAGCCAGAGGACACCCGGUGGCUGGAUGGCAAGCGCAAAAGAAAGAGCAGCCAAUGUUUGGUGAAGAGCAGCAUGUCAGGGUACAUCCCUAGUUACCUGGACAAAGAUGAACAGUGCGUGGUGUGCGGGGACAAAGCCACCGGCUACCACUACCGCUGCAUCACCUGCGAGGGCUGCAAGGGCUUUUUCCGUCGGACCAUCCAGAAGAACCUACACCCCACGUACUCCUGCAAGUACGAUGGCUGCUGCGUCAUCGACAAGAUCACCCGCAACCAGUGCCAGCUCUGCCGCUUCAAGAAGUGCAUCUCCGUGGGCAUGGCCAUGGACUUGGUGCUGGAUGAUUCGAAGCGGGUAGCGAAGCGGAAGCUGAUCGAGGAGAACCGGGAGCGGCGGCGGAAGGAGGAGAUGAUCAAGUCGCUGCAGCAUCGCCCCAACCCCAGCGCAGAGGAGUGGGAGCUCAUCCAUGUGGUGACCGAGGCCCACCGCAGCACCAAUGCCCAGGGUAGCCACUGGAAGCAGAAGCGGAAAUUCCUGCCCGAGGACAUCGGCCAGUCGCCCAUGGCCUCAAUGCCUGAUGGGGACAAAGUCGACCUGGAGGCGUUCAGCGAGUUUACAAAAAUCAUCACCCCGGCCAUCACCCGUGUGGUCGACUUUGCCAAAAAACUGCCCAUGUUUUCAGAGCUGCCUUGUGAAGACCAGAUCAUCCUGCUGAAGGGCUGCUGCAUGGAGAUCAUGUCGCUGCGAGCGGCCGUACGCUACGACCCCGAGAGCGAGACGCUGACGCUCAGUGGGGAGAUGGCUGUCAAGCGCGAGCAGCUCAAGAACGGCGGCCUCGGCGUCGUCUCCGAUGCCAUCUUCGACCUGGGCAAGUCCCUCUCUGCCUUCAACCUGGAUGACACCGAGGUGGCCCUGCUCCAGGCCGUGCUGCUCAUGUCCUCAGACCGGACGGGGCUGAUCUGCGUGGAGAAGAUCGAGAAGUGCCAGGAGACGUACCUGCUGGCCUUCGAGCACUACAUCAACUACCGCAAACACAACAUUCCCCACUUCUGGCCCAAGCUGCUGAUGAAGGUGACGGAUCUGCGGAUGAUCGGCGCCUGCCACGCCAGCCGCUUCCUGCACAUGAAGGUGGAGUGUCCCACCGAGCUCUUCCCCCCCCUCUUCCUCGAGGUCUUCGAGGACCAGGAGGUGUAGGGCUGCCACCCUCCUUCCCUACCCCAUGGCCUCCUCCCCGCUCUGCCCCACAUCACCCCCCGAUUUCUCUUACUGGGGGAAUGCUGCGCCCAAGCGAGGGGGGGGUCCUGCUGUGCCCCCCAUGGCUGCCCCCCUCCACAGCCCCCCAGCGCCCCAGGACUUGAUGAAUUUUGUUUGUUUGCACAGGGAAGGGCCCCGACGGUCGAGCGUUUCCUUUAUUGUCCUUCUCUUCUUAGAUUAUUAUUUUUUAAGCAUUUAUUUCCCUCCCUGAGAGGCUAAAAUAUUAAACUAACUGCACUUUGGAAGGAGAGAGGAGAAGGAGGAGGAGGAGGAAGAGCAGAGGAGAGGAGGGGGCUCUGGGCUGCACAGGGAGAGGCUGCCCCGGCCACAUGCACUUUGGGCCAGGCAGCAGCGCAGGGGCCAGGGUGGGGGGGCCAGGACCCCCCCCCCCGUAGCAGGAUGAGGGGUAUUUAGGGGCACAGUGGUGGCAAGGGGGACCCCAGCCCAUGGGGAAGGGGGGGUGGAGGGCUGGGGGACUCACGCCCCCCCCCCCCCCCCAGUGUGCUGUGCCCUGGCUGGGGUGACCGCCCCCCCCCCGCCCUGCAUCCCCCUUCCCACCCCAUAGAAUUUGGGGCCAGAUUCGGGGCUUUGGUUUUCUCUGUCUAUUUUGGGCUGAGAGGAGCUGAUUUUGUGCCAAGCGCCGCAGACGGUGGGCGCUGCGGGACACCGCGAGGGGGGGGUCGUGGGGACCCGCUGCGGCCGCCCCCCCACUCAUCACCCCCCCACCUUUUCCGUUGUUCUUUUUUUUGUUGUUGUUUCCCCCUUUCCCCCCCUCGUCCUCGUGGGUUUAUUUGUCGUGUCCGUCAGGAGUUGCAAAGGCCCCAGAGGCACCGGCGGGGAUGGGGGGGCAGCGGGUGCCCCCCCCGGGACCCCACAUGGCCCCCACUGCACUACUGCCCCAGCCCCCCGGCAGCAGCACUUCGGGGAGGGGGGCUGCACCCCCCAAAUCACACCCCCCUGCUCCCGGGGGGGGGGCCUGGCCGUGGAGGGAGGGGUCUGGGCGGGUGCAGGGCUGCAGCAGGGGCACCCGGGAAUGGUUUUAUCACCUUUCCCCCUCCCCCCCUCCCCAAAUUUAGGUUUGUGAAUCUUUUCUUACCUCAGGCGGAGGCUGAGGGGGGGUGCGGGGGGGGCGGCCGGCGAGGCAGGCGGCCUGCCGGGGCCCACCUAAGCUAAUAUAUAUAUAUAUAUAAAUAUCUAUAAAAUAUAUAAUUUUUGUAAUUAAAAACAAAAAAAAAUCUU